AUGAUUUCUCCAGCUCCAGCUUGUCCAGCUAUUCCUGCACAGCUUCCAGUGAGUGGCAGUGUGGACGUGGACUCUAGAGAGAAGUUGGAUCUUAAGACGAUCUCUGCAGAACCACUCUGCAGUGAACUAAAGGGGAAGGAGCAAGACAUAAUCAAGGGAUCUGAUGCCCUUCAAACCAGCUCUCCAUGUGCACCUCAGGAAAUCCCUGAACUGUCAGUGAUGAAUGGCAGUCUGAAUGUUCCUGUUGAAUCUGGAAAGGAGGUGGAACCACUGGUACCAGUAAUUGAUGUGGGAAUCGUUUCUGAUCCCACACCCAAUGAAGUGCCCAGUGAAGAAGCUUCCUUUGCUACUGGAAAAGCUGGUGAUGUCAAGUCAACCCCUACGUCUGAUCCCGAGAGACUGAUAAAGAACAUUGACACUGAGGAGAGACUCAAAGACAUCAUUGGUGUGAUUUAUGAAAAAGCAACAUCAGAGCCGAACUCCUCAGUGAUUUAUGCUGAUUUGUGCCUCCGACUUAAAGAGGUGAAGUUGGGCAGCACUACAAACUUUCAGAAGCUGCUGCUCAGUCGUUGCCAGGAGGAGCUGAAAAAGAGAAAGAAACUCGACAGUGUUCGUGGAAGGAAGCAAAAAGAGCUGGAUGCGGCCAUACAGGGCACCGACCUGGAGGACGAGAAGAUCAGAACCCUCCGGCGUUCCCUGUGCAAUAUGGAGUUCAUCGCGGAGCUCUUCAAACGCAAGUUGCUCCCAAGACUGUUCGUGAACAGCUGGAUUGAAGAACUGCUGCUUGUGAAUCCCACUGAAGGGAAUCUGGAGAGUCUUUGCAAGCUGCUGUCUGUCAAAAAUCGAACCGUUAAUACAUUCUGCCCUAGCAACAUCAACAAGUCACAGGCUGGUACCAAAGGAGGCAGCCGAGGAUCCAGAGAAAACAACAGUGCUGGUUUAAGAACAAAGUACUUUAAUGAGCACUCUGAUCGGGAUCAACACUGUUUUGAGCGGUGGGACAGAAGGGACAGAAGAUACACCGCACAGCCCGUGCGUCCUCGUCCCGAAAUUCAGAAACAUCACAGAGAGCAGAGUCCUAAAGCAGCCAGAGCUUCACAGAACAAAGCCAGACAGAACAGCUGCCUUCAGAACGAACGACUAUCUAAAACCAAUCACUAGCUAUUAAAAUUCUACAAUAAAAUUUCAUUACUGUU